GAGGCGACGGCGCUGGUCGGGAGCGCGGCCGGGAGGAGGCGGAGCGGCCGCGCGGAGCAGGAACAGAGAUGCCAUUGAGAGCCCUCGCUGCCGGGAUGAGGCGAGAUCGGCUCUGGGAUUGCUCACUGUUCUCCUGAAAGAGGAGUGACUGGCCCGAGGGCACCUGGAGCCCAGCACCCCAGAGGGGAACCCAGACCAGCCUAGGAGGAGCCUGUGUCCUGUGUCCUUGGGAGCUGCUUACCGGAUCGAGAUGACCACGGCCACCACCUUGGGGGAUGCAGUUUUCUCACUCAACAUGACCAGAGGAGAAGACUUCCUGUAUAAGAGUUCUGGAGCCAUCGUGGCUGCCAUCGUGGUGGUUGUCAUCGUCAUCGUCACCUUGGUCCUGAUCCUGCUGAAGAUGUACAACAGGAGAAUGAGGUCUAGGCGGGAGCUGGAGCCCAAGAGCCCAAAGCCACCUGCCCCUCCUGCCCUGGACCCAAACAGCAAUGGCAGCCAGCAGCCUGCCGCUGUGACCUUCAAUCCUGCUGACGUCCAAGUGGAGACUCGGUGACUGUGCCCUGGUGCCAACUCUGCCUCUGCAAAGAGCUUUUGUGACCUGAAAGCACACUCUUUUGGCAGCUUCACUGAGUUCUUUCUGGUUGGGUAAACUGAGGCACACCGUUCCCACAGCCCCUGCAGCUUGAAGCCAUCCUUAACUAUGCCCUUCGCUGGCCACCCCAGCUGUGUCCAUGCCCCUGCUGUCACUCUGCCGAGGAGCUGUGGAUGUCCUUUUGUCACCCGAUGGGAAGCACUAUGCUGAGGAUAUGGUGCAAGCCCGGUCCUCGACUUACAAAUGCUGAAGCUGGACAGACAGACGCCUGAGUCUUCUGGUCAGGGGUCAGGGAGUGCUAAUGACAGUGCCACCCAGGGAGCCACUGGGGGCACGUCCGCAGCUUUCUCACCCCCGUAGUCAGGUGCAGAGGAACUAACUUGGACUAACUAACCACGAAACUAACUCCGUAAGGUCUAACCUGCUCCAGUACUAGAUGGCCUCCAGCCAGCUCAUGAUGGCCAGUCCACAAGCCGCCUCCCCCCAACAAAGAGUACAAGAGACUGAACUUGGUGGCACAUGCCUGUCAUUCCAGCACCCAGUAGAGGCAGGAACGUUGUGAUUGCAAGGCCAGCUUUGGCAGCAUACGAAGUUGUUUCUUUUAAAAAUCAAGACAAAAUAGAAUAAACAGUAUUCUCAAAAAAAAAAAAAAAAUCUAUUUUGUUAGCAGUUAGAAUAAAGAGGUGCCCCGAAGAUCAGAGGCUAGCUCUCAGAUGAGGAGCAGAGGCUAGCUCUAGGAUGAAGAGCAGGGGCUAGCUCUAGGAUGAGGAGCAGAGGCUAGGAUGUUACUUGCCCAUGAACCUGGGCUGUGUGGGCUGCUCAGGACCCUUCCUGCUGGCCCAGGUGGACUACUCUGGCUCCUCAUUUUCUGGCUCCCUUUUAUUUGGACGCUAAGCUUCCCUGACUCACCUCUGGGGACAAGUACUUUGAGACUCAUUAGAUCCCGUAUUUCCUGUAUCCUUCCUAGUCACCUUGCAGAGACAAAGUCAAAACACACGACUCUCUAUGACCUGGGCCAGAAGACAAUCUACUAAUAGGGACAAACGUGUCAGAACUAAAAGUUACGUCCAAGUUCUGUUUCCUGACCCUGAAAAUGUGGUUCGGGGGCUUGUGAGACGGCUCAGGAAGUAAUGUGGCCAAGCAUGACAACCGAAGUUCAAUCAUUAGGUCCCACAUGGUGGAAGGAGAGAACAACUCUCAUCUCUAUGUACAAACAAAUUAAACAUAAUUAAAAGUUAAAAAAAAAAAAAAAGCUGCCUGGGGGCCUAGGGAACUGACUCAGUGGCAAAGAGUGCGUGCUGCAGAAGCUUAAGGACCUAAGUUCAAAGCCCCAAGCCCCACCUGAAGAGCUGUGCGUGGUGAGGUUCUCCUGCAGCCCAGCACUCCGAGGAGGCAGACGCAGGGCGCUGUGGCUUGCUGACUGACCCUGCAGCUUCAGCGUCGGUGAGAAAGUCUGAGGUCCUCAUCUGGCCUCCGGUGUGCUCACGCAGGAGAUAUGCCACAAUACACGCACGCACGCACGCACACUUUUGUUGUUAAGACAGGUUCUUACUAUGUAGCCCUGACUGGCCUAGAGCUCUGUAUGUAAUCAGGCUGGCCUCGAAUCCCACUUAUAAUCCCAGCACUUGGAGAUAGUUAGAUUUAUAUAUAGGAGGAUCAAGAGUUUAUGGUCAUCCUUGGUUACAGAGAAAACUCAGGCUCACUCUGGGCUACUCUAAACCCUCUCUCAAACAAACAUGAAACUUUCUUUGAGCAGCUGUGGAAAAGUACUAGGAAGUUCUCAUCCUCAGCCAUCUACCCCUGUGUAUCUAAAUACCCAUCAUGCUAUGCUCCAGCCACAGUCUUUACUUAUCCUAAGUUAUGUCCUAAGUUAUCUCAUAGGAUUUCACUCUCUUUGUGGGUCUGCAAGCUCAUCUUUCUCUCCACUCUCAGAUGAGAAUUUCCAACUCACAAAGGGUAAGAACCUACUGGGAAUCCCAGGACUGGUGUGGUAGAGACAGGGCUCUGAGUAGGUCAGCUUUGGCAUGACCCUUCCUCCCAUUCUCUCCCUCCCCCAAAGAUAACAGCUUCUUGGGAGUAGAUGCAGAGAGAGCAGCCUGUCCUGUGUGAGGGACUGGGAUCUCACUUCCCAGCUGAAGGGUCGGAGCACUUUGGUGGGUUCCUGUUGGCGCUAAUGAACAUUGCCAAGAGAGCACUCUCUAGCCCCCUCCCUGCCUUGGCUCCCAGUGCCCUGCUUCACCUGCUUCCUGUAAGGCCCUAGGCAAGCCCCAGUAGAUAAUGUUUUCCUGAACAUUUUCUGCUUUAAAAACAAAACAAAAACAAGCAAACAAUCCCUUGUGCUGCUGGAGACAUGGCUCCUCAAGGCCCUUCCCUCCAUCCCCAGCACUGGGGGAAAAAUCAGCCGGAACGUUGCAGCCUUAAAACUACCCCCUUUGCCCACAGGAAGGUCUUCUACUGCUAAUUAGUGCUUGGGAACGAAGGAGGGAAGAGGGGGACCGAAGAGUGAGGGUGGGAUCCAGUGCCUUGUCUUCAUUGUUCUGCUUUUCAAUAACGAAGAUAACCCAGUUAGGCUCCCUUGGUGGCUCUGUGCACGUUGAGCGGGCUCCUUGGUACAGGGAGACAGGGCCCCCAGUUUCAGCAGGGGGUUGUGCAGCCCCUUCUGCUCCCCAUUCCCACAGGUCCCUCUCUCACCCGGGCAGGCUCUCUUUCCAGCGGCCACGGAAUCAAGGGAAGAUAUUAAAUGCAUAUGUUUUAAAAUAAAAAGGUUUA